CUGAGCGUCUUGCCUUGUCUCUUGCCAUCGCCAUCACCAUCUCCCCUCGCACGACCGUCACAUUACCCCUUCAACGACCCUCACGAGCUACAAUGGCUGACAUGGACGUUGACACGCCCGCUCCCGCCCAGGAGGUGGUGAAGAAGGCGAAGGGCAAGGACUCGGGCAAGGCGCGCUUUGAGGUCAAGAAGUGGAACGCCGUCGCGCUGUGGGCAUGGGACAUCGUCGUCGACAACUGCGCGAUCUGCAGGAACCAUAUCAUGGACCUUUGCAUCGACUGUCAGGCCAACCAAGUGUCCGCCACGAGCGAGGAGUGCAACGCCGCUUGGGGUAUUUGCAACCACGCCUUCCACUUCCACUGCAUCUCGCGCUGGCUCAAGACCCGUAACGUCUGCCCCCUUGAUAACCGCGAGUGGGAGCUCCAGAAGUACGGUCGUUAGAAAUGUAUCGUCUUGCUCAUCAAGCUUCCUGUAUCGAAUCGCACCGUUUCUACAUGUCUUCUAGAAUCAAUCGUGUAUAAUAAAGUGCCUGCAUAACUCCCA